ACAGUCAACAAGUUGAUGCGCCUCUCCAGAUGUCCAGCCCAGAAAACUACAACAAACACGUCUUUGUCUUUUCUGUGCCAGCGUCUAAAGGGACAGCCCACUCAAGAAUUAAAAUAUCACAGUUUCAUCUGACUAGAAUCUGACUAGAUUUAUCUAUCUUCAUUGUUUUGCCCUGACUGGAUGGCUGGCUGGAUGGAUGGAUAGAUGGACGGACGGAUGGAUGGAUGGAUGGGGUGCCAACAAUCAGGUUAAUAUGAGCUUCAUCUCUGGCCUCCACUGGCGGGACGUCGCCAUUUUGUUUGGACCGGGCUGCUCCGGGUGAGAUGUGGGCUGACGGGCGGACAUGUUCCAAGAGGAGACCCGAACGUUCCGCAGUCGCCAUGGUUCGUCUCCAGGUGCAUCAUUUGGUCACGACCAAAACAUUAACAAGACUUAUAACACCAGAAAGAAAAUCAAGACAUUUCCACUUCAACUUGGACAAUUUUCAACCAAGAAAGACCCACUGAAGACAUUUUGCUUCACGUUUCCUUGAGGCCCACUGACAAGAGCACUUCUGUCAAGAAGAAAACAUCGUCAGUCAUCAGCAGAGAGCUGUGAAUCCACUGCAGACAGAAACUUCUCCUCCAGGAAAGAUGGCUCAGCAUACGGUGAGGAAGGCUAUCCUCAUUGAUGCCCUGCCCAUCAGCCCACAGGUCGUCCGCCUCAGGGUCCCAGCACGAGUCUCGUGCAGCAGCUCCACUAAAAGGUCAGGUUGUUCCUCCUGUAGCUCUGCUGCUCUCCUCACUCCCACUCGCUCCUCCUCUCGCCCUACCUUGUGCUCUUCUUCUAGCUCUUCCUCUCGCCCUGCCUUGGGCUCUUCUUCUAGCUCAUCUUCUUGCCCUGCCUUGGGCUCCUCUUCUAGCUCUUCCUCUCGCCCUACAUUGGGCUCUUCUUCUAGCUCUUCCUCUCGCCCUACAUUGGGCUCUUCUUCUAGCUCUUCCUCUCGCCCUACCUUGGGCUCUUCUUCUAGCUCUUCCUCUCAUCCUACCUUGGGCUCUUCUUCUAACUCCUCCUCUCGCCCUACCUUGGGCUCUUCUUCUAGCUCUUCCUCUCAUCCUACCUUGGGCUCUUCUUCUAACUCCUCCUCUCGCCCUACAUUGGGCUCUUCUUCUAGCUCUUCCUCUCAUCCUACCUUGGGCUCUUCUUCUAACUCCUCUUCUUGCCCUGCCUUGGGCUCCUCUUCUAGCUCUUCCUCUCGCCCUACAUUGGGCUCCUCUUCUAGCUCUUCCUCUCGCCCUACAUUGGGCUCUUCUUCUAGCUCUUCCUCUCGCCCUACCUUGGGCUCUUCUUCUAGCUCUUCCUCUCGCCCUACCUUGGGCUCUUCUUCUAGCUCUUCCUCUCAUCCUACCUUGGGCUCUUCUUCUAACUCCUCCUCUCGCCCUACCUUGGGCUCUUCUUCUAACCCCUCCUCUCACCCUACCUUGGGCUCUUCUUCUAGCUCUUCCUCUCGCCCUACCUUGGGCUCUUCUUCUAACCCCUCCUCUCACCCUACCUUGGGCUCUUCUUCUAGCUCUUCCUCUCGCCCUACCUUGGGCUCUUCUUCUAGCUCUUCCUCUCAUCCUACCAUGGGCUCUUAUUCUAACUCCUCCUCUCGCCCUACCUUGGGCUCUUCUUCUAACUCCUCCUCUCGCCCUACCUUGGGCUCUUCUUCUAACCCCUCCUCUCACCCUACCUUGGGCUCUUCUUCUAGCUCUUCCUCUCGCCCUACCUUGGGCUCUUCUUCUAACCCCUCCUCUCACCCUACCUUGGGCUCUUCUUCUAGCUCUUCCUCUCGCCCUACCUUGGGCUCUUCUUCUAGCUCUUCCUCUCAUCCUACCUUGGGCUCUUAUUCUAGCUCCUCCUCUUGCCCUAUCUUGGUCUCUUGUUCUAUCUCUGUCUUUCACUUAUUUUCUUCACUGCCUGGCACUUCUACCUCUUUCCUGCCAGCCUCUGUGGUGUUAAGUUGUCCUGCCAGGGUCACUUCCCGCAGGCGGCAGAAGGCAUACAAAUCUAUGUCUCCUAUUCCUAAGGUACUGCGUCAGCCUCAGCCUCCAUGGAGCGGCCCUAAGCGGAAGUUUGUGCAGACCCAGCAGCCUAUUGCGGAGCCUCCAGUUAAGCGCUUUUGUCCUUUGAACUAAAUUUUGAUUCAAUUUUCUUUCUCAUUGAAUUUACUUAAAAUCAAUUAGAAUUUCAUUUGAUUGAAUUGAAUUUGUUCGAAUCGGCUGAACUGACUUAUUUAAAUACAUUUGUUGAGUAAUGUAGGGAAGAAGAAACAAGGAAAGCUUUUUCUUCAUUUUAUUUGCCUUGUUUUCACCUUCUUUUAAUCAAAUGCAUUUUAAUGAUAUUUAUUUGAUUAAAUUUGAUUUGAGAAGUGAUUCUGGCAGGUUGUCUGCACAUGCAUAUGCACAGUGAAUGGAUCUGGGGGAUGGCGUGAACCUCCAACAUGUUUCAACCUCCCAGUGAAUCUGUGCAGAGACUUAAUAGGAUGACCACAACAUGUGAAGGGGGUUCACGUGUGUCGUAGUACACCCUUAGCCAAGAAGAACCGGCAGUGACAAGUUCCUCAUUGCAGGGGUUCAUUUUUUGUAUGUGCUACCAUUAGCAUCAAGGUACAAAGGGAAGGUACACACUGUUAUGGGGUGUGAGGAUACAAGGAAAGCAAUUUAUUUGAAUUUAUUUGAGUUGCCUUGUAUUUAAUUCCUUAAAAAUGCUAAUUUAUUUGAAGUGAUAGCGUCGAGGUAAGAAGGGAGGAGGAACAAGGAAAGCACUUUCUUUACAUUGAUUUAAGUUGCCUUGUUUUCACCUUCUUUGAAUUGUGUUACAUUGGGUUGUGUCAUGUUGUGUUGCUUUGCCUUGCCCUGCGUUGCAGUGCGUCAGUUUGCAUUGCGUCGCGUUGCAUUGUGUUGUCUUGUGUUGUGUUGUCUUGCGUUUUUUUGUCCUGCGAGGAGGAGAGGAGAGGAGAGGAGAGGGCAACAGCAAGUGUGAACUCUCAUUGAAAAUUCUUUAAGAGAGAGGAGAGGAGGUGAAGAGGAGAGGAGGUGGGAGGGCAAUAUGAAGUUUGAACCCCUUAUAUGGAAAAUCUAGAGGAGGAGUAGAGGAGGACAGAUGGAGAGGAGGGAGGGCCAGAGCAAGUGUGAAAUCUCAUUUAAAAGCAGUUAAUGAUGAACUACCUGCUGAUGAUGAGGGCGGUGUGAGGUCUCUGUUGAUCGGUGAGAGAACGGCCCGCGUGUUCCCAUAGAUACAUCCCAACAGAUGAGCUCCCAUGAUGCCCAGCCUGCAUCGUAGUGGAACCACAGAGACUACCUGCUGCGUAGCGGUGCGCACCGAGCGGAUGACUCUGCAGCCGUUCCCUCUGCAGCGGAUUGCGAUUCUGCCAACACUUUGGAAAGCUGUCAGUAAUAACGGCGGGACAUACCUACGCUUUCAUGCGCCUUGUCAUAUUUUCACUCAGUAACCCCCUCCUGAACCUGAGAGCUGCUUUUUUUCUUUUCUUUUCUUUCUUUCUUUUCUUUUCUUUUCUUUUUACCACUUUGUGUCCAAACCGCCGACCUCCUCCAAGAUCUGCGCGCCGCGAUCCUCACCACUUAACCCUUACAACAUUUAGCCCGCCGUGGAGCAGCACUUAUGUCAUUAUAAUGGACCAUAAGCUUUUGUCCCGAGGUCGGGAUCAACCUGUUGCCGGUUCAUCAUAACAAGGAUCUCACACCGCCGCGCGCCAGCCCCACUUUUACGCACGACGAUGAGCUCGGAGAAGCCAAACUUUCUCUCGCAGCCCGUGGUGAAGAGCAUUUUCAUGUUCCGGAACGGCGACCCUUACUACGAGGCUCGCCGGAUCGUCAUCAACCAGAAGAGGGUGUCCAAUUUCGAGACUUUGCUGAGGGAGGUGACCGGCGGGAUUCAAGCCCCGUUCGGAGCGGUGAGGAACAUCUACACGCCGAGAGAAGGACACAAGGUGGACUGCAUGGAGAGCCUGCAGAGCGGGGAGCAGUACGUCGCUGCCGGGAGGGAGAGGUUCAAAAAGAUGGAUUACCAACAUAUUGGCUUGAGACGGAGGAAGAUGAUGCAGACUCAUCCAGCGCAGGCCAGACCGCUGCCACAGAAUCGUAUUGUCGUGUCGGCACGAUUCCUCAAACCCAUCAAGGAGCCAUGUACAAUAUUUGUGGUAGCAAACGGCGAUGUCUUGAACCCCGCCAUGAGACUGUUGAUACACCAGAGGAUGCUCAGCCGGUUUGACCGGAUUCUAGAGAUGAUCACAGAGAAGAUGGGCCUGAGAGUCCUGGGGGGCGUUCGAAGUCUCUACACCUAUGAAGGCCACCAGGUGCCUGAUGGGAAUCAGCUGGAGAGCGGUCAGCUUUACGUGGCUGUGGGAAGAGAGAAGUUUAAGAGGCUGCCCUACAGUGACCUACUCUUCACCAAACCCAGAGGGAUGAGGAGGGUCAAUGGAAUGAAAGCCUACUCGUUGCCGCCUAUCUACAGAUUCUCCAAGCAAAAUGGAAAUGGUAAGUCAGUGGUCCGCAGCAGUGACAGCAGAGACUCCAAGGCAUCUCCUCCGAGCCACAGCAGCAGCAACAAGGAGCACCUGUCGUCCAUCGUCAGGGAGAUCUCUCAGGCCAGACUCAUUUCCCUCAGGAAGAAGAGGAGUGGACAAAGCAUGACCCUUGGCAUCUCUGACAAUAGUAAUGCAGCAGAUGACCUGGAAUCAAAGGCUGAUGAUGGAACCAACGAGGACAAAGCCCCCAAAGACCAACCAGCCGAAGAGAAACCUGCAGACGACGACGCAAAAGCCGCAGAGGAGAGCGGCGAAAAGGCGGGAGAGGAGGAGGCCGCCGCUGCAAACGCCGCGGAAGAAGACGCUUCUGGCGGCAAGGAAGAAGAGGAGGAAAAGAUAAAUGGGGAGAAAGAGGGAGGGGAAGAGAAAAAGGCAAACGAGCAGACAGACGGUGAAAAACAGGGUGAGGCAAAGGCAGGGUCUGAGGAGAAGGAGGAGGUGGUGGAAGAAAAAGUGAUGGAAGAGGUCACGGAUGGGAGCGAGGAGGAGGUUAAGGGUGAGGAGCAGGGGUCCAGCAGUGGCAACAGUGAUAAGACCCAGGACGGUAAAGAGAAGGAGGACGGACGGCGUACGUCGUCCGAGGAUGAGAAGGGUGAGCGAGGCAAAGGAGACAUAAAAGAAGGAGAGAAGCGAGAAAAAGACAGUGGUAAGGAGGAGAAAAGCAGCGAGGAGCAAGUUAAUGAUGUAGACACGGUGGAGGAACAGAAAGAGAGCGAGAGCAGCGAUGACCCGGGGAGGACUCAGGCAGAUAACGAGACAAAGGAGAGCGAUAGAGGCAGAAGUGGUAGUGGUGGCGACCGUAACCAGGAAGAAGAAGAGGAAGUGAACAAAACAAAAGAGGGAGCCACCAAAGAGUCAGGAGAAGAGGUGAACGGAGAGGUGAACGGUGAGGUCAGCGGAGGCGAUGAUGGAGUGGAGAGCGAAGCAGAGCUCGACCUGGCGGAGCAAAACUCCGCCAGUCGCAAAGACGCCACGGAGAACGGGGAGACAGGGGAGGACGCUGAUGCAGGCGGCAGAGAUAAAAGCAGGAAAGAGAAGGAUUAGGAGAGAGACAGGGGAAAUAUCAAAGUUAUUCAAAAGUGGCCAGCAAUUUAAGAAUAAUGAAGAUGGAGGAGCAAAUUCCCAAGAAAGAGAAGCGAGACAAUGUUUUUUACUAGGUGGCCUUGUAGAGUCUGCGGCGACGAGAGAACAGAGUUGCGAUGCUGAGGCUUUUGAAUGACUGGCUGCUAAACGACGUCAGGCACAGCAGCGCCGUCAAACAUUCAGGUAUGCGUCUGAAAGCUAUUUAUCAAACAUCUACUCACAGCUAUCACAUUUUUUGAAAAGUAUAAAGCUAACGAUAUAGUCCCAUAUUAUUGUCUUCAUUUAAACACACUGUUACCUCCAGAGCUGCUUUAUUGUUCCAGUAUGGUGAGCGACGCAGGGACGCUGAAGGAUAGCGAGAACCUAUCAUUAAAUGUUUAAGAUAAAACAUAGGUGGUUUAUUUUUUAACAGGUAUGAUUGUACUAGCUGCUCGUUUUUAAAAGAUGGCUUUUUUUGUAUGUAUCGUAUUUUUGUUUAUUUUCCAAAGCAAGUGAGACCAAUGAACUUUUUUUAAAAAAGUAUAAGCUAUGUGUGAUACUGUGAGCCGCACGUGUCUGAAUGUUCAGCUAAGUUAAUGGCGAGUUUAGUUUGAAAGUUUCUGUUCAUCGAUCAUAAUCCCUUGUUAUGUUGUCACUACUGUAUGUUUUUGUCAUUAUUUGUUUAUUCAUAUCUAUCUUCUGCCAGAAUAAAUAAAAGGGAUGACAUCACAGUCAAGCACCUUUAAAAGAAGCUUUAAUAAAAACACACUUUGCUCACUCUCUCUUUAUCCGUGACACUCCAUUAUACGAUGACUCUGAUCCAAUCUGUCCAAAUAAAACUGUGGUAAAAACUUUUUAUGUCAGUAUGAACCUUAAUACAGGCAGCGAUUGUCAGAUUUGACAGUCUAGGUGGAAUAUAUAUGUUCACUUCACUUACUGCUGCUACAAGAAUCUUCUAAAUGACUCUCUGGUAGUGACUUUCUUUUUCCUUCACUACAGCUCGAUGACUCUGAUUGUGUACUGUUGCCUUUAUUUCAAGUGUAAGACAGUUGUCGUGAAACAAUAAAAUAAUUUAG